AUGUAUCUUGUAUCAAUAUAUUUGUUGCUAGCGCUAUGUGGCAGCGCCAUAUCUCAUACUUACCACCUAGGAGCCUGCCCCGUGGUGGAACCGAUGCCAGGAUUUGAUAUGAACCAGAUGUUGGGAGUGUGGUACGUGAUUCAAAAGACUUCGACAGCAUCUCAUUGCAUCACGUAUAACUUCACGAGAACAGACGAGCCUGGUCACUACGAGCUGGAACAACUGUCGCAGCACUUCAUCCUAGGCUUGACUCCGUUGAAUCAUGACUAUAGAUACACUGGUGUUUUAACAGUUCCUGAUCCUGCAGUGCCAGCCCGGAUGAAAGUUAAUUUCCCAUUAAGUGUCGCCGGAUCCGCUAGUUACACGAUCAUGGCCACCGAUUAUACAAAUUACGCUGCCAUAUUCACAUGCCAGAAACUGGCAUUCGCUCAUCGCCGUUCAGCCACCAUACUCUCCAGGCAUAAGGAGUUGGAUAAGAUGUAUGUGGAUAAAAUGCGGGCCAAGUUGUCAUCCUUCGGUGUGGACCCGUAUGACUUGUCAAUUAUAUCGCAGACUGAAUGCCCGAAACAUCCCAACGGGACUAGCAACGGUGUCAACAUCAACAUAGAUCCUGAGACCUUCUCAUCACAUAACAUAGGAGAAGCUGUCAGAAAAACCGGCACCGUCAUUGCUGACGGUGUGGAGUACGUGGUUGAUGCUGGGAAGAAGGUUUACCACAAGGUCACCAGCAGUAAGGAGGACUUGACAGAGAGCCCCGACAAGCCCGUACGAUCUCUCAAAGAUGACGCUGAAUGGCUGCCUUAA